AGGCGGGCGAAUCUUAACUAUGUUAUAGUUCUAUAUGUUGGCGUCAUCGUAGCUGUUUGCACUUUACGACAGCCAUACAUGAGUUUGGGGUGUGAACGGCGCAGAACCUUGGAAAUUUAGAUCACGCUUUACGGCACGGCUAGGGGCACGUCAACAGCUAUGGCGGAAGGGGAGGCAGCGUCUUCGCCGAGUAGCUGGGAAAAUGAUCUUGCAGAAGCUCUGGAAGAGGGAGGCUGUGAUCUUGAAACGGUUAGGAACAUAGUCCAAGGAAGACCUCUGCCUGAACACCUAAGAGCCAAAGUUUGGAAGAUUGCAUUAAACGUUGUAGGGAAAGGAGACAGUUUAGCAUCUUGGGAUGGUUGUUUAGAUCUGCCAGAACAAUCACUGAUUCACAAAGAUUGUCAAGAACUAGUUGAUCAGCUGUCAAUAACAGAAGAGGAUAAGUCAGUGUUACGUUUGGAUAUUGAAUCUGUGAUUACGUUUUAUUGUAAAUCUCGUAAUGUUAAAUACAGUUCUAGCCUUAGCUGGUCCUAUCUCCUUAAACCUUUGGUUCAUCUUCGACUUUCACGAAGUGACUUGUACAACUGCUUCUAUGCUAUCAUGAACAAAUACAUUCCAAGGGACUGUUUUCUGAAGGGGAGACCAUUUCAUCUCUUUAGGCUGCUCCUCCAAUAUCAUGAACCAGAACUAUGCUCAUUUCUGGACACAAAAAAGAUGACGCCGGAUUCAUAUGCACUCAACUGGCUUGGGUCCCUAUUUUCAAGUUACUGCACAGAUGAAGUUACCCAAACAAUAUGGGAUGGAUAUUUUCAGCUAGCAGAUCCAUUCUUCAUUUAUUUCCUAAUGCUUAUCAUUCUUGUUAAUGCUAAGGAAUUGAUCUUGGCACCAGAAUCCGAUAGUAAAGAAGAUGUUAUGAACUUUCUUGAAAAAUCUCCUGGCAGUUUGGAAGUAGAAGAUAUAGAAGACCUUUUCUCCCUAGCACAAUAUUAUUGUAGCAAGACUCCAGUUUCUUUCAGAAAGGAAAAUCAUAGUCUAUUUGGCAGCAGCUUAUUGGGUAUCAAAGAUGAUGACUCAGACUUGAGCCAAGCUUUGUGUCUUGCAGUUUCAGUAUCAGAGAUACUUCAAGCAAAUCAACAACAAGGGGAAGGAGUAAGAUUCUUUGUGGUGGAUUGUCGCCCUGCAGAACAAUACAAUGCUGGCCAUUUAUCGACUGCAUUUCAUUUAGAUUCAGACUUAAUGCUUCAGAACCCAUCAGAAUUUGCCCAGUCUGUGAAAUCUUUGUUAGAAGCACAGAAACAGUCAAUUGAAUCUGGUUCUGUAGCUGGUGGAGAACAUCUUUGUUUCAUGGGUAGCGGUCGAGAAGAAGAAGAUAUGUACAUGAACAUGGUACUUGCACAUUUCUUACAGAAAAAUAAAGAAUACGUAAGCAUUGCUAAAGGUGGAUUUAUGGCACUGCAACAGCACUUAGCAGACAUUAACAUUGAAGGACCAGAAAAUGGAUAUGGCCAUUGGAUUGCUAGCACCUCAGGCUCAAAAAAUAGUAUUAACUCCUUAGUUGAUGGUGAUUCUCCAAAUGGAUCAAAUGAUGGAAAGGGUGUCAAGUCUCUGGUAAACAAGAUGACUGAAGCUUUAAAGACAAAAUCUGUAAAUGUGAAAGAAAAAGUUAUCAGUUUUAUUGAAAAUACUUCAACUCCUGUAGAUAGAAUUUCUUUCAAUCUUCCCUGGCCUGACAGAGCAAGUAUGCUGCGGCAUGUCAGCAGCAGUGACCGAGUAGGAAAACCUUAUCGGGGUGUGAAGCCGGUUUUCAGUAUUGGAGAUGAAGAAGAAUAUGAUACUGAUGAAAUCGAUAGCUCUUCAAUGUCUGAUGAUGAUAGAAAAGAAAUCGUAAACAUUCAGACUUGGAUAAAUAAGCCAGAUAUAAAAUAUCAUUUCCCUUGUAGUGAAGUGAAAGAAAGCGGACACAUGUUUCCUAGUCACCUUUUGGUAACUACAACACACAUGUACUGUUUGCGAGAGAUUGUCUCUCGAAAGGGAUUUGCUUACAUACAAUCUCGUCAGGCACUAAAUGCUGUGGUCAAAAUUACUUCCAAAAAAAAGCAUCCAGAAUUAAUAACCUUUAAGUAUGGAAAUAGCACUGCUUCAGGCAUAGAGAUUUUGGCAAUUGAGAGGUACUUGAUUCCAAAUGCAGGUGAUGCCACCAAAGCUAUAAAACUACAGAUUAUGAAAGUACUGGAUGCCCUGGAAAGCUAAUAAGAACAGAUGUUUUCACUGUGUCUUCAGAAGAAAGUGGUGGCCAAAAUAUUUUAUGUGGCCUAAAAUGACUUGUUGCAGCUGAAUACUAACCUAAGAGGACAUUUCAGUUUAUUGAUGGGAGUGCCUGGAUAACCACUUUAUGGUAGAAGUAAACUAUACUUUUGAAGAGAUUUUUUUAAAGUAUUUUCUUUAACACAUUUGCAAAUAUUGUUUGUUAUAAACUUGAGUUAUUUUUAAAGUAGCUUUGGAGAAGCUGACUUAUUCGUAAGGAGAAAACUCAGUACAUAGAUCUGUUUGAAAAGAUGUACUGUAGCCAGGCAAUACUUUCCAAUAUUGGAAAAUAUUUGAACUACAUAAUUCACAAUUGAAAAACAAGACAUAUUUUUACAAGCCUUGAAUAUUUGGCUUGAACUGCUACGCAUAGUAUCAGGGUUUGGCACAGUACUUGAGGCAAGGAUCUAGAACUUCUUUAAAAUAACAUUACAUGCUAUCAAACUUGGGGCAGGUUUAUAGGGACAUACAAUGUGUAUGUAAUUUUUAAAGUCUUCUAUGAGGUUUAAGAGAAUAGUUAAAUUCCGGAAGCUUGAAAUGGUAAGCAGCAUACAGCAGUUGAAUGUUAACAGCUUUAUGCUCUAGAAUGAAAGCUAAGGUUUUCCAAAGUCAACAUUAGAUUGGGAAAUGAAAUCAUAAUUCAUUUUUCAUAAGAGAAUAUAAGAAUUGGCUACACUAAUGGACAUGCAAAUAUAAUCUUUCAGAAACCUGUUCAAAAUCUGUCCAGCACUUACUAAAAUUGCAAUGCGCAUGAGUGAAGCAAAGUGUGGAAACUUUAUGUAUGAUGUCUUUAGUUUUUCUUUGAAAUGUAUCAGCUGAAUGCUAUUAAUAAUGUCUUCAGUGCUUGAGAUUAAAAAAAUAAAAUCUGGUGCAAAAAUCCAUAGUUUUUAAAGAUAACCAAAAUGGUUGUGAGAGGUAUUUGAAUGCACUUACAAGUCUCAAGGAAAUCCUGUAAAUGCUGACAUGAAAGCUGCAAAACGUGAGAGUAACAAUUCUUAGGAUUUCAGUAGGUUGGACAAAAAAAUAAUAGAAUAUCUGCAGAUCCAAUCAACAUGCCAAUGGAAACUAAAAUCAACUGAUCUUCACUACCAACUCUUUUGAACUCUUAAUAAGAAUCAUGUAGGCACCUUAAUCCUGAAACCAAUACUCAUUUUUUAAAAAAUAAAACAAGUAUAUAAAUAUGAAUUGCAUGAACUGCACUUUUGCCAAUACUCCUGUAUUUAUAGUUCUGUCCCAGAACUGUUGCAUUAUUUUUUUCCCCUUUCUCUACUCUCCUUUUAAAAAGCAAAUUAAAAUCUCCUAGAGGUUUUCCUGCCUAAUUUAGCAAUGACACUUUUUUCAUAAUAUUAAUGUAAAGAUGUUCGUGCAAUUGUUUAUAAAAGUGCUAUUGUAAAUAAAUCAUUACUACUUAAAAGCCAA